AUGCUCGGCCCCUUUUUCAGCGAUCUUUUUGGCGGUGGAUGUGAUUGUCCUCAAUCGUGCUCGGCUCAACCGUCGACUCAACCCUGUCAAAUGUUUUGCCCGAGUUGUCAAGGUUCCCCACAAUAUUCUCAACGUUUCUACCCCCCGCCAAGUCCUCCAUAUCUAUCUCCAUCCACAUACCCAAUUCAACAACCACAAAUCCCAUUUCCGAGACAAUUCUAUGCCAAACCAGCCCAAUCACAGCAACAACAGCAACAUUUUUCCGCAACCUAUUCACCGCUUAGACCGCUCGUGCAAUUCAAUCCUAUGCCUCAAACCUAUAGAAUGCUUGAACCGAUUCUCCAACCAGCUCAACAACCACAAUACGCACAAGUGAACCGAUCUCCGCCUCGAUCAUCUCUUCCGCCUCCACCUCUUCCACUUCCACCUCUUCCACUUCCACCUCUUCCAAUUCCAUCACAGUCUCCUCCUUAUUCUCCUCCGCAAUUCAUUCAACAACCGGCAACCACUUUUCCUUCAGAGAUUCAGUAUGGACGAAACGAAAACGAAAACGGAGCUGCUUUACAAUCGGUGACCGAAGCGACUCUUUCAAAAGGACAAACAAAUGGAGUCGAACAGCCGGAUGGUGAGAGUUACGAUGAAGAGAUGCUAAAUCGAAAUGAUGGAGGCUUUUCGAAUCCUCAGACAGACUCCUAUGAAUCAUAUGAAUCGGUGGAAAAAUCUGCAGUUGACGAGCCAAAUCCUCAAAAUGGAUACAAAGAUGACACAUUUCAAAAUCAACAAGUUAGAUUGCCUCGAACCGAUACACUGACAUCGGAAGAGAAAUUCGAGUUAGCAAUGAGAAAAGGAGCGAUUGAUUACGAGGAUGGAGGGUUGAGUGAAGCGAUUAAGCCUGUUAAAACAAAGCAUUCAAGUCUUCAAAAAACCUCUCAAUUCAACGAUCCAUCGGUGAAGAAAAAUGAGAUUUUCGCUGACGGAUUAUCGAUUUUGAAAGAACAGAUGAACAACGAAUCUUUUGAGAGUUUAAAUUUGCGAUCAGAAGGAGGAGGAAAUAAAAAAAAAGGUCAAAUGACAAAUGAGGAAAUGGAGAUUUACGAUGAUUUACUCGGAUCGAGUUUUGGGAGAAGCUUUGAGAAAGACGGAGAAUCACUAAGUGCAACAACCACAUCCACUCAUUUCUCAUCACCGUCAUAUAAAGAAUAUGCAUUGCCAUCAUUGAGAAAACCGCAGAAAAUGAAACGAGAACAUCCAUCGAAAUGCGCAUCGGAUAAGUUGAGAUCGUUGAUGCACCAGUCAAUGUCCUCCUCUCCAUCAACGUCAAAACAAUUGGUUUAUUCGGCGGUGAGGGCGGCUUUCGAUGAGAAAUCUCCGGAUGUCAUUUGUAGUCGAUCGUCAUUUUCGUACAUCGUUGUCACGUCACCGAUUUAUUGUGAACACCGGAAAGCCCCAGUCACUUGUUUUGUCUAUUUUCAGCCU